CUGCAUCAUUCGUGGGGGACGGCAUGUUUUUGUUGCCUUGCUUUUUGUUUAGUUUUCUAUGUUGUUUCCGGAAGUUAGAGGGUGUUAAAAGUUUUGGGAUUUCCACCUUUUGUUUUCUGAGUACAGUAGUGGGCGGCAACAGAGAUACUUUUGAGGAGAUAGGAAACUCCUUGGAAUCAUAUUUACGUCCGCUGUGUACGUUUCCCGUUCGUAAUAUCUCUGGCGGCAACACAACUUUUCAGGAAGUAGUCCGUCCUAAUACCACACCGAAGAAGAACAUUUUGGAGCCAUGAUUUGGAGCUUGCGAACAUGGAGUCACUGAAGGAAUGUCGUCUUUGCCCCAUAUAUUUAUGCAAUUUCCUUUUUGUUGUUGCUUGUUGGCAAUCUACUCUAGCUGGUGACUGUCCUGCAGAUGGGCGCACCUGGGUGCCUUUCAGACAAAGAUGCUACCACUUCGUCCAUGGAGAAGAAGACGUGGCAAAAAGCUAUACGAUUGACGCUGCGAAAAACCUCUGCUCGGGAUAUGAACUGUUGAGUGUCCAAAGUGCAGAGGAGAAUAAUUUCAUCACCAAGUACAGUCCGCAGGUGUGGAAAGGCAACAUACACGUGUGGUUGGGCAUGUAUUAUGACAGUGAUGAUGAUGACUUUAAGUGGCAAGAUGAAACUGGUCUGAGCUUUAAUAACUGGGGGAAUAACUCCAGUGAGUCUGAAUUGAUUCCCAUGGACACCUGUGUGGCCAUGCACAGCAGCACAGGGGAGUGGAUGAAAGUCAGCUGUGUCGAAAACCCAGAGAAUGGCGUGGUCUGUGAAACUGCUGAAAAGAAGGACAGCAAACUUGCUCCCAGUCCACUGCUUUCAGCUCUGGUAAUUCUCAGUGUGAUCGGAAUCAUGGGGAUCUCUGCAGUCUUUUGGUUCCUGCACCAGAAGCACCAACACGGUACCGUCCUCACGUCAUUCGAGUACCACCCCCCGUUCAGGUCUCCCACCUCUGACGAGGCCUGCCUAGUGGAGACUGAUGACAUGGCUUAGUGGGAAGUCCUCUUAGAUUAUGCUGUGUGCAGUCACUCUUGGAGGAGAGGACUCUGAGAGAAAAAGAUGACCUUAAUUGAGGCAGGUUCCAUUGUCCAGGAGAGAUGAUUUGACAGCUAAAAUAACAUGCCACGUGUCAUUCCAUCGCAGUACCUUUUACCACCAACUAGAGCCACCGUCUGGUCCUUUACACCAUUGCCUGGGCUCCUUUAUGGAUAUUGGGUCCGGCUGCUUAGGUCCUUUACACCAUUGACUGUCUGAAUGGGCUCUCUUAUGGAUAUUGGGUCCGGCUGCUUAGGUCCUUUACACCAUUGACUGUCUGAAUGGGCUCUCUUAUGGAUAUUGGGUCAGUCUGCUUUUUUGAAGAUGUAUUAUUUUAAUUAUGGAUGUUUGUGUUUGCCGAACAGGAUCCUAAUGAAAGUGUGUUUUCAGAAAACUUUCCUUCAGAAAAUCUGGUUUCAUAGUUCAGGGUGCCCUAAAGUCCAUUACUGUGAAUGUAGACUAUCAUUUGCUUGCAGUUAGAAUUAAUUCAAUAUUGAAUUGUGAGAAUCGCUGUUUUCAAUCUUCAAAGACAUUCGGUCUCCUGUUGUUUUUUGUUGUCUGCAUCUGCAUACAAUUUGUGAUCUUUGUACCGCAUGGCGAGUCCGAUUUGAAAAGUUAUCAUUAUCUUAUCAUUAACAUCUUCAUGUUCUAUUGCCCUUGUAAGUGUUCAUACUUUUCAAUGAUUUUAUCUCUUCCCCUAGUGUCCAGGCUUCAAAUGUCUUAGUGUUCGAUUUAAGAGAUAAAUACAAGUAAUUGAAAUUACAGAGGGAUAAUCCAUCAUUUAUAUCUCAAACAAACAGAUUAAGGCUUGUCAAAGAGCCAGAUUCAACCAGUGUGCAUUUUCUCAACAAAAAAAGGGGGAUCUCUGUGUCCCAUUGUUUGCAUGCUGCUGUAACUUAGUUCAAAGCAUUCUUUGUGGCGAUUGUCAAUGUACUGACAAGCUUUUACAGAUUACAUUUAUAAUAGAUAUUAUUUUUUUGUGCAUUAGUCUGUAGUGACAUGCAUGAUGGGAGAAAACAACAUUUUAGUGAGGAUCGUUUGACCUGAACCAUCUCCUUGUUCCGACUUCCUAAAUAAUCAUAAAAAUUUUUACAAAGCUAUUAAUCCAAAUUCUAAUGGACUAAUUUUGGUAUGGUCAGUGCCUUUGCUAAUGCAUUAGUGAUCCAGUAUGUUACAGUUUGUGGAGUGGGCCUAAAAUUGUGUAUUGACAGAACUACACCCUCAUAAGGUCUUUUGAAUGUCUGAAAGCUUUUUGCUAAUUACUGUGCAAUAUUCAUUUAAUUUGGCUUUAGCUAAGCCCUAUUUGUUACUCAAAAUAAAGUUUGGAAAUCACCUGUGA